AUGUCAUCUGAGCAAUACGUCCUCUUUGAUCUCCCGAGCCGAGAUCCUGUCGGUGCUUGGUCUCUCAACCCAUGGAAGACUCGAUUCCUCUUGAACUUCAAGGGAAUUGACUACAAGACCGAAUGGCUCGAGUACCCCGACAUCAAGCCCACUCUUGAGCCUCAUGUCCCUGCCAACCCAUCCACUGGAACAUGGACCAUCCCAACUGUCAAAUUCCCCGAUGGAGAAUACAUCAUGGACUCCAACAAGAUCCUGGAGCGCGUCGAGAAGGACCACCCUGAGCCCCCGGUCCACAAGGACUCACCCGUCCUCGCCAAACUCUUCUCCAUCAUGCCAAACAUCAUGAGCGCCCUUCGGCCCGUAUACUUCUACACCGUUCCCAACAACAUCCUCAGCGACAAGAGCAUCCCUUAUUGGCACGAGACACGAUCCAAGGUGGCCGGCAAGCCUCUUGAUGAGCUUCAUAAGGAGAAUGGCGGCCAGCAGGCUUGGGAUAACUCGAAGCCACAUAUUCAAGAGGUUGAGGCUCUGUUGAAGGAGAACUCAGAGGGACCUUUCUUCAUGGGAAAGACCCCCAGCUAUGCUGACUUCGUCUGGGGUGGCUUCUUGAUCUUCAUGCAGCGCAACAACGUCAUUGAAGAAGUGUACAAGACUAGUGGCGAUAGCCAGCUUCACAAGGACCUCCUUGAGGCUACCGCUCCCUGGCACAAGCGAAAUGACCACUAA